AUGAAGAAGUCAGUUCCAAAGCUUCGGGUAGCGAUCUUAGCACUUGCGUGCUGUCUGUGUCUGCUUCUCAACACCAAUAACUCAGAUUUGUACGGACGCAGAUACCAAAUCACUCGUACGGUCAACCACUUCUUCGUAUCGAUCACUCCCAACUAUAAAACCCUAAAUCUCACUGUCAAACAUCCAGAAACCCUCCGAAGGCAACAGAUCGUGGAAGAUGAAGAACUCGACGUUUCUUGUGCAGGAAGGUACGUGUAUAUGUACCAUCUCCCCAGCAAAUUCAACGACGACGUGAUCAAGAACUGUUCGACCCUCAUCAAAUGGUUCGAUAUGUGUCCGUCCAUGGCGAACUCGGGUCUCGGCCCGAAGGUAGUGGAUUACACUAACCGGGUCUUAACCGGAACCGGUUCUUGGUACGCCACGAACCAGUUCUUGCUCGAGGUGAUUUUCCGGGAGAGGAUGAAACACUACGAGUGUUUAACCAACGAUUCGUCGUUGGCUUCUGCGAUAUACGUCCCGUUCUAUGCUGGGUUCGAUGUGAGCCGUUAUCUGUGGGACACCACCGUGACAGUUAGAGACAGACUCGGGGAAGAACUGGCGAAGUGGCUGUCGGAAAGACCAGAGUGGAUGAGGUUGUACGGGCGAGAUCAUUUCCUGGUGUCGGGCCGAAUCGCUUGGGAUUUCAGAAGGGUUUCCGACGAAGAUUCCGGUUGGGGAAACAAACUGAUGCGUCUGCCCGAAUUGGCGAACACGACGAUGUUAUCGAUCGAGGCGACUGCGUGGGAAAACGAUAUCGCGAUUCCGUAUCCGACGUAUUUUCAUCCCACGAGCGAAUCAGAGGUAACGAGGUGGCAAAGGAAGGUGAAGAAGACGAAGAGGAGGUUUUUGUUCUCAUUCGUUGGAGCUCCGAGGCCGACAAUGGAGGAAUCCGUACGGGGAGAGAUCAUAAGGCAGUGCCUUGCAUCGCAAGGGAGAUGCAACUUUCUGAACUGUUCAGAGACUAAGGAUUGCGAAAAUCCGGUUAAGGUGAUGGAGGUUUUCCAAGAUUCGGUUUUCUGUUUACAACCUCAGGGAGAUUCCGCUACUCGGAGAUCGAUAUUCGAUUCGAUUUUGGCAGGUUGCAUACCGGUUUUCUUCCAUCCCGCAUCGGCUUAUAACCAAUACACCUGGUAUUUCCCCGAGGAUCAUACCAAGUACUCGGUCUACAUCCCAGAGGAAUAUCUGAGAAACCGGACAGUUAGCAUCGAGGAAUCGUUGGUUAAGGUUAACCAGAAGAAGAUACGGGAGAUGAGAGAAGAAGUUGUGAGGCUUAUACCGAAGAUAAUAUACAAAAAACCGAGGCCGGUUAGACCGGUUAAGGAUGCGUUUGAGAUUGCGGUUGGUCGGAUCAUUGAGAGAGUUGCCAAGGUAAAGAAAGAGAUUGAAGAAGGAAGAGAUCCUCAAGCUGAGUUUUCACAAAACAGAGACCUGAGUAAAUUGCGGUGAAAUUGCAGGAUGGGUUCUUAUUUCUCAU